UUUUUUUUCAUGAAAUUUGCCUUUAUCCUAAUAAAUAUCUUUACCUGUACAAAAGGAUUAGAAACGUCAAACGCGAAGCAACACCGUUCCUUCCUCUCGAUCGUAAGUCAAAGGAAAAGCCGAACAUCAUCGUUGACUCUCCUCUUUGGCCACACCUUUCGUCGUUGACUCGCCGUUUCCUGCCGAGUUACAGCUGUGUCGCUCAGUAGCUUUAACUCGUCAUCUUUCUCGGCUUCGCCAGUGUUAACUCAUCCUCAACCAUCGCAGCUUCAGGCAUCGUUUUCUUCCUGUAGGCAGGUUCGUAAUCGUUUGUUUACGUCAUUAACAGGUAUUGUGUACUGAUCCUGACAUUGAACUGAAGAGUUUCAGAACUUACCGAGAUACACAAAAUCCUGGGAUCUUCAUCAUCUUCUUCACCAACCCAAAACUCAUAAUGGUUGUUCUCUCUGAACUCCUUCCAGAAGGAUCUUCAUCUUCAUCAAUUCAUGGUCAUAGUUCACCAACUUGUGGCCAUAGUUCAUCAACUAAUGGUUACAUAUAUGAUGUAUUUUUAAGUUUUAGAGGUGCUGACACUCGUCAUAGUUUCACUGAUCACCUUCAUAAGGCCUUGAUUGAUGCCAAUAUCAAUACCUUCUUGGAUGAUGAAGAGAUUGAAACAGGGGAAGAUCUGAAACCGGAAUUGGAGAGUGCGAUUAAGGCAUCUCGGGCUUCUAUUAUCAUCUUGUCUAAGAAUUAUGCUUAUUCAACAUGGUGUUUGGAUGAAUUGGUGUUGAUCCUUGAGCAGCGUAUGACAUCCAACCAUAUAGUUAUCCCAAUAUUUUAUCAUGUGGAGCCCACACAUGUUAGGAAGCAACAAAGUAGCUUUGGAGAUGCAAUGGCUAAGCAUAAACAGACAAUGGAGGCAGAGACAAAUGCAAAUAAAAGAAGUCAAUGGGCUCAAAAGAUGGACCGAUGGAAUAAAGCACUUAUUGAAGUUGGCAAUUUAAAAGGAAGUGACGUAAAAGGAAGGCUAGAGACAAAGAUCAUUGAAGAAAUCGUGAAGGACAUCCACCGUAGAUUACAUGUAAACUUAAAAACUGCUCAACCGCUAUUUAUUGGGAUGGACUAUCAUAUUAGUUUUGUCACUUCAUGGUUGAAAGAUGGAUCCUCACAUACGGUUGACAUACUCACUAUUUAUGGUAUAGGUGGGAUCGGGAAAACAUCUUUAGCCAAACAUGUCUAUGGGCUAUAUUCUUGUGAAUUCCACAGAAGUAGCUAUAUUGAAGAUAUCACAAGGAAAUCUGAUGGAAAGUUUAAUGGGUUGCUUGGUUUACAAGAACAACUCUAUAAUGACAUUUCAAAAACAAGUUCAAUUAAAUUUCAUGAUGUGUCGGUAUACACCACAAAGAUAGAGAAAGCACUAGCCCGUAAAAGGAUCCUUCUAGUUCUUGAUGAUAUUGGUACUCUUGUUCAGUUGGAUGCAUUACUUGGAAGCAAAGGUUUUCAUCCAGGAAGCAAAGUUAUAAUUACAACAAAGGACAGUUGGUUGACCAAGAGUUGUGCACUAUUCAAAACAAACAUUAAACCUAAGCAUGUAGAACACUUCCUUGAAGGCUUACAUGAGACUGAAUCAAGACAACUUUUGUGUUUUCAUGCAUUCAUGUGCAACUAUCCCAAGGUAGGUUAUGAAGAGGUGUCAUAUAAGCUUGUGAAGUAUUGUCAAGGACAUCCUUUGGCUCUUGAAGUUUUGGGCAAGUCUCUAUAUAAUCGAGAUGUAGCCUAUUGGGAGGGGUGCAUUGAAGGGCUAAAGAAGGAAACAAGUUCCCCUAUAAAUAAUGUCUUGAGAAUGAGCUUUGAUUCUUUGCCAUCCACCAAUGAUAAGGAGUUGUUUAAGCAUAUUGCUUGUUAUUUUGUUGGAGUAGAUAGAGAUGUUAGCGAGACAAUAUUAAAGGCAUGUGAUAUAAACACAAGAUCUGGAAUCACGAAUCUCAUUGACAGAUGUCUUCUUAGUAUAGGAAGGGAUAACGAAUUGAAGAUGCAUCAGUUGGUUCAAGAGAUAGGAAAAUUCGAAGUACGUCAAGAGUCGGUUAACAAGCCAUGGAAGCGAAGUCGAUUAUGGUGUCAUAAGGAGUCAUUCAGAGUGCUGAAACAAAAAAAGGGUAAGGGAAAUCUUCUAGGUCUUGCUCUUGACAUGCGUAUGCUUGAGAAAGAGAAGUUGGGUGGAUCAUUUGAGCUGAAAACAGAUGCAUUGAGUAACAUGGAUAGUUUGAUGCUACUACAACUCAAUUAUGUGAUCAUGAAUGGGUCUUAUGAGUACUUCCCUGAGGACUUAAGAAGCUUGUGUAUGCAUGGGUUUCCUUUAAAGUUUAUACCUUCAUGCUUACCUAUGAGAAAUCUUGUUUCUCUUGACAUGUCAUAUAGCAAAAUUGAAUCAUUUGUCGGUUGUUAUAGCAAUCCACAACGACUUGAGAAGAGGCAAAAGUUGGAUGGAUCGUGCUUAAAAGACAAAAAGGUGCUUGGAUCACUGAAGAUUCUUAAUUUAAGUUUCUGUAAACAACUUUGUAGUCUUGGUGAAUUUGACCAACUUCCUGCACUUGAGAGGUUAAUAGUUCGAAAUUGCAUUGGUUUGCUUGAGGUUUGUGAAUCAAUUGAGCGAUGUGUUGAACUUGUCCUCAUUGAUUUGAGCUACUGCAAGAAGCUAGAAAAACUUCCAAGAAACAUAGGCAUGUUGAAGAAUGUUAAAACACUGUUGCUUGAUGGUUGUAAUCUCCGUGAUUCACGAAUUGAGAAUAGGGAUACCGAUUCACCAGAAAUUUGCAUGGCUAACAACAUGGUCAUAAACAUAAGAACCUCUUCUUCCGCGUUAAUGGGUGCUAUACCAAGUGAUUUGAAGUUGUUUGCAAUAUCUUUACCGAGGUCUUUAGUAACUUUGUCACUGUCAAAUAACAAUUUGUCCACUGAAUCCUUUCCCAUGGACUUCAGUUGCCUAUCCAUGUUAAAGGAGUUACAUUUAGAUGGGAAUCCUAUCGAUUCCAUGCCCAGUUGUGUGAGAACUCUUCCUAGGCUUGAGAUACUUAGCAUGCAGAACUGUGAAAAAUUGAAGUCAGUUGAGCAUCCUCCACGUACACUAAGCAGGUUGAUGCUCUUUUCUCAUGGGCGUUCUAUAGAUAAAGUGGUAUUUGAUUCAGAAAUGUCUCCACUCAAGUUAUCUCCAUUCCGGAUAGCUUGGCCAUUCGAAAUUGAAGGCAUGAUCAAAAUUCAACCAAUGGUAAAUGUUGAGGAAAAGGUAUUACGUAGCUUGGGCUGGACUAAUCCAGAAUUCAUUAACAAAAGGCGCAUGGGAACUAAUUCUUCGGAAUUCGAAAUAGAGAUGAUUUAUGAAUUUGGAAUAUUCAGCACAUUGUAUGAGGCGGAGGAGAUGCCUAGUUGGUUUAGGCAUAGAAGUGUGGGGCCAUCAAUAUCAUUUACCAUUCCAUCGUCAUCAUCUCCAAACAACCGCCUUACAGGACUCAACUUCUGUUCUCUGCACACAAUGAAACGUACCGACGAGUGGCCUCUAUUUCCAGAUGAUGAUCCGUUCCCUUUUUCUCCAAUGAUGACAAUUAGUAAUAUAACAAAGAACAACAUGUGGAUAUACGAACGUCGGAAGGACAGAUAUAUUCCAAAUCAAAAGUGUUGGGUGGUGUUAAGUCAUUGGAUGUUUGGGAGGAAUGAGAUGGAGGCUGGUGACCACGUUACCAUUACUGUUACAGAUCAAAAUGAUGAACUUACAAAGGAGUGUGGGGUGAGUCUUGUGUAUAAUGAUGGAGAAGGAGAAGAAGAUGCAUUGGGUUAUUACAAGUCGUGGAAUCACAUAAUUGGUGGAGAUCUCUCUCCUUUUCAAACUACAACCGGACAAUACAUCCUACUCAACAGACGGUUUUUUAUGUAUGGCAUUUACUUGUCUCCCUAUCAUCGUAAAUUCAUUACAGAUGGCCCCGACUAUCAAGAACAAAAGAAAGGGUCCUGGUUCCGAGCUUUAUCUCAAAGGAAUCCUGGCAUAAUUGGUAACUCACGUAAGGGUAAGGGGGAAUCUUCAAGGUCUCACCCUUCAUGUGAAACUACUUGAGAAAGAGAGGCUGCAUCUAACUGAACUACUCUAAAUCGAAAUAGAUGCAUUUUAAUUUUCCAGAAGCACUAAGAUGGUUUGAUCGUUGUAGAAUCUGGUACCCAUUUAUGUUAUGGGUUUUUGUUUUCAUAUCUUUAUUAUUAUUAUUAUUUUUAUUUAUGUAUCUUCAAUUACGAAAGAUAGGUGAAAACAAUAUGAAUGGUUUUUGAGCUUAGUUAACACACAUGUAAGGAAUAUGAUUCAAGUCGUCAUGCUGUUUUGAUUACUUUGUAUAUUCGAUAUUAUGUUGACUUGGUUUAUGUGAUUGAAGAAAAAACCAAAUUAAUACA